CAAGUACGAAAGUUUUGUGGAUUGCAUCAUUCAAGCACAGCUUGCCAACAUCAUGACCAGCGACAGUGAAUACGAAGAAGAUUAUCUGAUGGAAGAUACCAUGGAGGAAUACAGCGAUCUGGACGCUUCAGACUACGGCAGCUCCUUGACAGAUGACGAAGGCUAUCUCGGCGAAGAAGGCGAUGACAUGGCGUUCGACAGCGACUUUGCAGGCAAGCCGCCAAAGAAGGCGUAUGAGGUGGACUACACGAUUCAAGAUGCGUCCAAUCUCAAGAACCUUCAAGACAAAGAAAUUAACCAAGUGGGGACGAUCCUGGGUCUGCGAACAGAAGAUGCAGCCGUGUUAUUGCGAUAUUUCCGAUGGAAUAAGGAGAAGUUACUGGAACGAUACAUGGACUCUCCGGAUCAAGUGCUGAAGCAAGCAGGCAUAUCCAUGGGAAAUGGGCAAGAUCAAUCCAUUUUGCUUGCCAAGGACAUUCCUGGAGUCGAUGGGACUUUCAUGUGUGAGAUUUGCUGCAAUGAUGACGAGAAUAUGGAAACUGUCAGUGUAUCAUGUGGUCACUGGUUCUGCAGGGAAUGCUAUGAGCAUUAUCUGACCCAGAAGAUCAAGGGCGAAGGUGAAAGUAGGCGUAUCGAGUGUCCUGAAAAUGGCUGUCAAGUGAUUGUGAAUGGAGCUACAGUGAAACGCUUGGUCGAUGACGCAACAUAUACAAGAUACCGAGAAUUAUUGAAUCGAACCUUUGUCGAUGAUAAUGAUUUCCUACGAUGGUGUCCCGCACCGGAUUGCCAAUACGCUAUUGAGUGUAAUAUACCAAGCACCUCGUUGAGAUCAAUUGUACCCACCGUUCAAUGUCAUUGCGGAUGGAAAUUCUGCUUCGGGUGUGGCCUGCAAGACCAUCAGCCUGCGAUUUGUAUACUUGUUAAAAAAUGGUUGAAAAAGUGCGAGGAUGAUUCAGAAACCGCCAAUUGGAUAUCAGCACAUACCAAAGAAUGCCCGAAAUGUCAUUCAACGAUUGAAAAGAAUGGCGGUUGUAAUCAUAUGACUUGUCGAAAAUGCAAAUACGAAUUCUGCUGGGUGUGCAUGGGUCCAUGGUCCGAACAUGGCACUUCUUGGUACACUUGUAACCGAUACGAUGAAAAGAGCAGUUCCGAAGCACGAGAGGAUCAAACCCAAUCCAGAGCAAGUCUAGAAAGAUAUCUGCAUUAUUACAACCGAUAUGCGAACCACGAGCAAUCGGCGAAAUUGGACCAAGAUCUAUAUCAAAAGACGGAGAAGAAAAUGGAAGAAAUGCAGCUGACCAGUGAUUUGUCGUGGAUUGAAGUUCAGUUUUUAAAGAAAGCCGUGGACGUCACGGUGGAAUGUCGAACGACGCUCAAGUGGACUUAUGCAUUUGCGUUUUAUUUGGCGCGAGGCAAUCAGACUGAACUAUUUGAGGAUAACCAACGAGAUUUAGAAAUGGCGACCGAACAAUUAUCGGAACUUCUGGAAAAGCCUCUUGAACGUGAACAGAUUGCUCAGCUGAGACAAGCCGUACUAGAUAAGACCGUGUACGUGAAAUCACGGCGAGAGAUUCUCUUGGAAGACACAGCCAAAGGCCUUCAAGAAGGUCGAUGGGAUUACUUUGUCGAUUUGAAAUAAAACAAUAAAAAAUCAAAAUUGGCUUCAUUGCAAAAAGCAGAAAAAAAAUAAAAUAAAAUUGGAAAAAGGCCCCGG